AUGGAUUACAACCAGUGGACCCAAAUGUUUUUGAGGCAGAUCCACAUCUCCUUCACCAGAGAUUUCUGGCCGGGCGUCCCCUUGGCUUUCCAGGCCAGAGUUCUAGUUCUAUGGCAGCUUGCAUCCGGUGUUAGUCGGAACGCUCCGCGGAUGGAGCAGAGACACCUCAGGUAUCGUAGCCCUAUGGGUAGCAUGCCGUACUUCUUCCAUGACGCGAUCGUCUGGGAGCUGGAAGACUGUUUGUGGCUUCAUUAG